CUCAAUGAAGAAUAUUUGGUGGAUGCAACACGCAAAGGGAAUGUGAUUCGUUUCGCGAAUCAUUCCAAAGAUCCAAAUUGUAAAGGAAGGGUGUUUAUGGUGAACGGCGAUCAUCGAAUCGGUAUAUUCGCGAGAAGGAACAUUGUUGCGGGUGAAGAGUUGUUCUUCGAUUACUCUUAUAAUUCAACUCAACAGGUUUGUUUGAUUUUGUUGUUUGUAUUGAUAGAGAUCGUUUAA